UCGCUAAAAUUGCAAAUGGCAGAUGCGAUGGCAGCGAGCAGUGGCGGAGUUGAUUGGACUUCUGUUUUGAAACCAUUUUUAUCGGCAAAUUAUGAGACUUCGAAUAAAACAGAAUUAAUAGAAUUGUGCUCAGCGAUUGUUAAAAGCGAAUCUGAGAUUUUGCGCCAUAAGGAGGGCAACAAAAACUUCUUCAAUUCAUUUGCAGUUUUAGCUUCAGAUUAUAUUAGUAGCGGUACAGUUGGCUUGUUAGCAAGCCAGUUGGAGACAGUAAGUGCCGCAUGUCGAGUUUUGCUGAAGUAUCUGUUGAGUACUCUACAUGCUAUUUGUAGCGAAUCCAAUCCAAACAGUUCACAGAUUGAACGAUAUUUAAAUGCAAUUCGAGUAUUGUGUGUAGGAACAGGGCUACUCUCCACUACGGAAGUAACCUGCCUGGUGGACAGUAUGAAAGGGGAAAAUUUACCACAGCAUCCAAAUCCCAGUCCUGCAGGCAAUGACAAAGAGGCAGGUAACAAACAAGAAAGUUCAAAGAACCGUUCUGAUCUCUCGGUUAGCAUUUUUGAACAACUAACAUUGCCUUUACGAGAUGGUCAUACCACUACUAUCGACCAAGGUGCUAAUGCAUCUGUAAAUUUACCUGAGUCAUCCGGAAAUGACCCUACUUCUGAGAUAAAUAAACUUUUCUUGAAAGUGAAUACCGAAAGUUUACAAUCCUUGAGAGCAGGCGAUACAUUAACAGACCUCUGUCUGAGUUUACCAUCCAUUAAGAAAGCAAAAAUCAAGGUGGAGGAGGCUCUAGCUGGAAAACCUUUUUGCAUACCUACUAACCAUACAGAAGCAACAGCACUGAGGAAUGGCCUCUCAUCAACAUUAUCAGAGAUUAAUUUAGCCAUGUCUGCUAUAAAUCUACCAGUUCUGGAACCAUUAACGUCAAGUAAAUUGGAUAAGUUAUGUAGCCUGGCAAUGGCUGUCAUACAUUGUGCACUUGGUCAAGCUACAGCUAGCGCAGUGCUAACAACUAGUUCUGUAAUAUCCCCAAAAUGUUCGAAUCAACAACCUCAAGCAGGUUUGAAAGAAGACGAUUUAGAUUCGAAUGCAGUAGCACUUGUAGAGGAAGCGUUAAAUAUGUAUACUUAUAUAGGAAACACUAUUAAAUCAUCUACAAGAGCUGGAGGACAUGUGUAUCAAAAUUAUCUACUAGCAGGAGCAUGGGUUCUCAUAUCAGGUCUUCAAACCCAUUUAACAGCUAGCACUACUUCAGAAAAAAAUCCUCACCUAAGAGAAAGGGACGAGAAAGGUAGAAGCCCCUGCAAAAGUAGGGAUACAAAUUCUGCACGAUCUGGACUGCAGAAAUUUCAGCAGUCUUUUGGAGUACUCUCUGUUGCAUUGGCCACAAAAGCCCUAAAUUUAUUGUCAGAAUUGUUCGAAGAUCUUCAUUUAGAAGUAUGCGGAGGAGCUGGCAGCAUCGUACAGAUUGAGCCAGCACCCUUGGCUAUUAUGGGACAAUUUACUGCUUUGCAGAGAGUAUCGAGAAUACUGAGUGCCGCACCUUUGAACCAUCUUCUGUUUUACCUAGCUAUUGUUAGUUAUAGGAAGGCGUGUACUCUUAAAAGACUACAUCCACCAGAAGGAGAUACUUUCAGUCAGUCUGACUCAACUACCUAUUAUGAAGAUAUGAUGUUGUGCUCUGAUGAGAGCUCAACUGAUGAAGAUGAUGACAGCGAACCCAUUUUGGGACAGUGGUUCGAAGAGACCCUUGCACCACCAGAAACGACAGAUUCAAAAACACCGUCUACAUCAGAAAAUGCUGAGACUAAAACAGCUCAGAAUGACCGUUCUAUGUCGAUAGUUCCUGAAAAAGGCGAAGCCCAUGGUUACAUAUCCCUAGCCACCAGUAUUUUUGUGUUUAUGAAUAAACAUUUUCUGUGUUCCAAAAGUAACUUUAUUGCAAGAUAUGUAAAGAAUGGCUUAACGGAACAACAAAUGAUCAUUUUAUCAGCCAUCAUCCGAGAUUUGGACAGAGAAACAGCAAGAACAGAAACUGGGGCCAUUUCAGUAUAUUUUGGGGCCACUCUAGGGCAGCUGUAUUGUGAAUUUUCUGGAGCUUUGACAAGAUUCACUCACAAUCUUAUAACUAACAACAGCCUGAACAAUUUACAAGCGUGCCUCCUGAAUCAUCUUGGAGUAUCUCCUUGGAAUUCUGAUGCUUGGCCAUUGCAGGUCUAUCCAAGGACAUUGGCUGUGUUAGCUCAGGUAUUGUUGUUGAGGCCACAAAAUGAGAAGGAAGCAUCUGUUAUCAGUAUAUGGCAUAGACUGGUUAAUACCCUAAUAGAAAAUGUUAUGAACACUCCUCAAACGUCUUCCACUGAUUUAGAUAAUGAAGAUUUGAAUGUGGAACAUGCUCAAGUUCUUCUUUAUCUGUUUCAUUCUUUAACAUUGAUGCAGAAGAAAUCUGUUGUUCUUCUCAUGGCUGGAGGAGUGCUGAGAUGUUCGGAAAUAGCAAGAGGGCCUUUAAAAGAUUCACAAUUGUUACACCUGUCUAGGUUACUCCUUCUCUUUGAUUACAUAAUGAAACAUCUUUAUGAUGCACCAACAUCUUUAUUGGAACAGAUUCAGUGGAAUUUAUUCUACUCAACAAGCUUGAAUGUCGACAAAGAUAAAGACAACAGUAUGACUAGAAUGUAUACAUCGUGGCAAAAUAUUGAAGACAAUUUCAGAAAAAACUCCACCUCUGACGAAUUUGCAAUGAAACCUCGAUUUUAUGUUUUGACAAGUUCUGAAAUGAACAAUCAAGAAGCACCCAAACUGGAUGGCCUCGCUUGUAACUUUAUACUUGGAACGCCUGACAAAUUACGUUACCCGUUGCUGUUGGAUGCUUUAAUUGAGAUCUUGAACAUCACUCAUGUCACUUCGGGUGUCAAUGCUUCAAAAAUGACUUAUUUGGGUCUUUGUGCAGCACAGUAUUGCUUCACAAUCUGUUGGAGAUUGUUACAGUUAUUACCCCCUUCCAUAUCUUAUAUGGAAAGGUUAGCGACUGGAGAGAGCUUAGUUGCAGGCCCACUUUUGCUGCAUUCUUUAGUAUGGGGCCCUCGAACUUCUCACAAAAAUUUCAACAGGUGGCUGAAGGAUUGUUUAGUGAAGCAAGGAAUGUAUACACAACAUACCGAUAAACUGCUGAAGGCUGUUUCAGAUACUGUUUGCAAUUCUAAAUAUGACACCACAAACGCCAAAAAUUGUAUGAUUGCACUCACACCAGAUGUCAAGAAAGGUGUGAUAUCCAAGGAAAAUCUUCCUCCGCUGUGGCAUCUUUUUCUGCUCGAUGCUCUUCUUGCAAAAAUACAAGUAUCUGUAGAAGAACCAGAGGGAACUUCUGAUACAUCUUCUAUAGUUGUGAUUGAUGGCACUUAUGUACAAGAUUUGUUGCCGCUCGUUCUGAGACUCACCCAAGCUAUUCUACAUUGCAUGAGGUGGUCAGUGUUACACGCAAUUGUUGAUCAGAGCGAUUCUUCUGAAAAGAUUUCUCUUCAAGAUUUCGAAGGUUUACAAGAUGUAAUUGCUAUAUCUUCUACCAAAAAUACUUUGACAAGCACCCUAGCCACAGAAUUCAACUCUUUACUACCAAGCAGUAUUAGUUCUGCUCAGUUACAGUCUUACAAGUCCAUUUUGGAUGAUGUUUCAUCGGCAUCUUACCAAGGCGACAUAAUACCAUCAGAAACGUUCAUACUGAAGAUUGUAGAAGCUCAUAUUUCGACACUCUCUAUAAGCAAUUCCUUCACUAUAAAUUUGUCUUUGAAACGGCUAUUACAAUGUCUGACAAAAUUCAUUUGUGACCACGCCCCCAAGGUGGAAAAUACCGACACUAAAAAUAAAGCUAUAGAAAUGCUUGUAUCCAUCACUCUAGAUUUGAGAACAGAAUAUUUACAUGAUACUGUCACAAAAACCCUGGACAAGAUGAUUGGCGAUACAGAAACAGAUGAACAUCAAAAACGGGUAUAUUUGAGGGUUUUAGAUCACACAUACAAGUUGAUUGUAAAUUGUACAUCACCUAAUAUGUGGAACUAUGGUGUUCAUAUCAACGAAAAAGUCCUACAUCAUUGUUUGAAGUUCUACGAAAAAAUAUUGGAAAAAUCAUCUGGGCGACAAGCCUUGGAAUCUUACUUCACAGGCGAUAAAGACUUGGUAAAUGUUUUAAUGUCAGUUUCAAGCACUCAAACAUCCCAACAAUAUAGCACGAAAGUAUUACAUUUUUUCAACAAACUGUUUCAAGCUGCAGAAAAAAGUUCUACUGAUCCAAGUUUGAAUUAUCUUUGCUCUAGUAUGAGUAAAAUAGCGAAUGUAGAAAGUGAAAAGCUGCAAACCUGGUUGAGGCAGAUUAUAAUAGGUUCUAAUAAUAUUGAACCACCGGUGACUACAGUCACUCUUAAUAAAGAUGAAAGUCCUUCCAAUGGAACCAAAUGGACAAUUGCAGCAGUGGAAAGCAAAGAAACCACUUCACCAACAUCCAAUGAUGAUCAGAAGUCUUUGGUACAAGAAAAUAGCCAGUUGCUUCAAGCAUUGACAAGUUUUAUUGUGAAACAGAAUAGCAAUGUUUCAGAAGAGGUUUCUAUAACGAUUCUUAAAGCUUUAAUACAGCUUGGCAAACAUCUCCUGUCUCCCACUUUUGAAGGUACUGGUUUUACAGAUUUGAUGGUGGAUAUGACAAUGCUUGCAGAUGCUGGAUCUGGUAGAGGUCACAGCUACCUAUUUCCAGCUACUGCUGAAUGGAUUGAAGUUUGCAGCAAACAAACAUCGAUUAAAGAUGUGGUUGAAAAAAUCAGCACUGAUCCUGAAAGCAUAAAGAAUAAUUCGAUGCUAGAAGCAGCUUCCUGUAUUUUAGAAUAUGUCAGCGAUGUCAUUUGCAGUAUAACUGCCCAACAACCUCAUUCUAUUAGGCCUCUUAGUCCUCCAUGGGAGAGUGAAUCUCCUUUGGAAAUAGAUCCUGAAUCCCAAGAAUUUCCAAAUGAAGAUGAUGAUAGUGGAGAAGACAGUGAUGAAGAUUCCCUUUCCAAUAAGUUGUGCACCUUUACUGUUACUCAAAAAGAAUUCAUGAACCAGCAUUGGUAUCACUGUCACACCUGUAGAAUGCUGGAUGGCGUUGGUGUAUGUUCCAUAUGUGCCAGGGUAUGUCAUAAAGGUCAUGAUCUGAGUUAUGCCAAGUAUGGAAAUUUCUUUUGCGAUUGUGGAGCUAAGGAAGAUGGUUCCUGUCAGGCAUUGGUUAAAAGGAAUGACAAGUCUACAGAAAGUAACAUGUCCGUAGGUGGCGCAACAAGUCAACCCACUGCAGGUUUUAGUUCUGAACAUAUGUUAACUAGUUCGUUACGUAGACGAGCUUCUUCUCCUGUUUCAGCUGACAAGAUUAUUUAUAAGGAGCGAAAGUCAGGAAGCAUCGUUAAACAACUAGAGGGUUCCAAGGAGUUCAUUGUCAACUACUUAGGAUCAAGUUUAGUGACUGGUUCCUUGCUAGAGUUUUUGCAAACACUCCUUCCAGCAGUCGAGGAAACUUGCCGGCAAAAUUCACCUGUAGGUUGUCACACACGUGGCGUCAAAGCUUUAGAACAGUUGUACUCCAGUGAAAAAAAAUAUGUUCACACGGAUCAGCUCAUGGUGCCUACUCUUGGUUCACAGGAAGGGGCCUUUGAAAAUGUGCGAAUGAGUUAUGCUGGUGAACAGGGACAAACGAUACGACAACUGUUGUCAGCCCAUAUUGUCAGAAGAGUUGCCAUGUGCUGCAUGACAUCUACUCAGGGUCGUAGGCAGCAUCUAGCAGUAUCUCAUGAAAAAGGCAAGAUUACCGUCCUUCAGUUAUCAGCUCUUCUCAAGCAAGCAGACUCUUCCACAAGAAAACUGACUUUAACUCGGCUCGCAACAGCACCUAUUCCAUUUACGGUGCUUUCCUUGUCUAGUAACUUAUGCAAUGAAGACUUUCUUGCAGUGUGUGGUUUGAAGGAUUGCCAUGUGCUUACUUUUACCACCGGAGGUUCUGUUUUUGAUCAUUUAGUGCUUCAUCCUCAACUGGAAACUGGUAAUUUCAUUAUAAAAGCAGUUUGGUUGCCAGGCUCUCAAACUAAAUUAGCCCUGGUUACUGCCGACUUUGUGAAAAUCUAUGAUUUAGGUGUUGAUGCCUUGAGUCCGCAGUACUUUUUCUUGGUGCCAAGUGGCAAGAUAAGAGAUUGCACUUUUAUGUACGAAGAUGGUAUAUACCACAUACUUUUAAUGUCUUCUCCUGGCCACAUUUACACAGAGAUUUUGAAUGAUGAAUCUUCUACAAAGUACGGAACUUUUUAUGUGACAAAUACUCUGGACGUUUUCCAUCUUGAUGUUACAGAUGUGAAUGGCCAGUUAGCUGGGGGUGGUGUUUCAAUAUAUUAUUCUCAUACUUUGGGACUCUUAUUCUACAGCUAUGCUCAGGGCAAGAGCUUCAUUUCUCCAAUCCUAUCAAAGAAUAACACUCUGCCAUUAGUUUUUCCCAUAAAUUUACCAACAACAAACAAUAGUGCUUCAAAGAGUAAUGGAUCGAGGAACUCUACCAAUCAACCUUUGUGUCAGUGGACAGAAAUUCCCAAUCAUCCGGGGUUGAUAUGUUGUGCAAUGCAAUCUAGUAACAAUCCUGUUAUACUGAUGUUGAAACCAGAUACAUUCAUGAUACAAGAGAUCAAAGUUGUUCCCUCCAAAUCUAAAAUAAUGGAUAUGGUUGCCAUUAGGCAUAAUUCGGGUAACGAUUUGAGAACAACAUUGAUUUUGUUAUGUGAGGAUGGUAGUCUGAAGAUGUUCAUGGCUAAUAUGGAUCAAACAGGUUUUUGGAUGUCUCCCAGUAUUCAAGCAUCAAUACCAAACACAACUCUCAAACCAAAAAAGAAAAAAGUUGUAAAGACUGGCAAAACAUCGAGUCCUGUUACAUUCCCUGUUGAUUUCUUUGAACAUUGUGUUGCAAUGAAUGAUGUUGAGUUAGGAGGAAAUGACCUUCUGCAAAUUUACAAUCAAGCACAAUUGAAACAUCGAUUGAAUACUACAGGAUUAUAUGUAGCUUGUAAUAAAGCUCUGGGAUUUUCUAUUGAAGUCACGAACAAUGAUUCCAAUAUGGUUAUGACCGGUAUUAGAGUAUUGGUUGGUAGUCAAGAUGUUCAAAGGUGCCCUUCAUUUGUAGAAAUAUUUGGUAGAAUAUUCCCUCUAACGGCAACUCGUAGUAGAUGGUAUGAUAUUCCUUUCUCCAGAGAAGAAAGUCUUCAAGCUGAUAAAAAAUUGACUAUUCUCUUCGGUCCUUCCCAAGAUCCAGAUACUGUUACGAUGGUUGACAGCCUGAAAAUAUAUGGUAAAACAAAGGAUUCAUUCGGUUGGCCAGAAGAAUCAGAGGAAAAUGUAGGUACUGGUACAUCUGGAGUUAUCCAACAGGUGUCAACUAGUUCAGAAAACGAUCAGAACAGUAGAAAUGGAAGUCACCUCACAAAAUUGGAAAAGCUUGUCGUGGGUAUUUUAGAAUCUUUAGAAGGAACAUUUUCUUUAUAUUCGACAGAAGAGAAACUUUCUACUUUCAAACCAACAACCCUCAAAGUUGCUACUCAACUUCUCACAAUGCCUACUCAACCUUCGGUUCAAAUUCAUUCCAAGGCACUUUUAUCGUCCCUCCACUCGACGCGCUUGAUAUAUCAUAACUAUAAAGAUCAUGCAUUAUUACAACAUGUUUUGGCAAGUCUUACUUCCAUGACUAGCUCGGGAGUUGCAGAUUUGGAUGCUGAGAGUUAUUAUAGACUUGUUUUGAUUGUGAGAGGUAUUGCCGUAUCAAGACCACAAAAUUUGGUGAAAUUUGCAGAUAGUCAUACAUCAAUUCAGGAUGUGGUUUUAGAUGAUCCUUUGGAAGAUGGUACAGCCGAGUCUAAAAACCGGAAAAAUAAAGAAGCCAAAGAAAAAAAUCAACACAUUCUACUACAACUCAUGGAGGUUCUGUGGCUAUUGCACUCUUCAAAUCCUGAAAUACCAGCUCUUUCAUUGGCUGUCUCCCAAGGCUUGAAACACACCGAACAAGUGAUUCAUGCUCUCGUAGAAAUCGUUCACGCUUUUAACAGUUGUGAUACGUACAGCAAUAUAACAAUAGGAGUUUAUUUGCAACUCUUAUUGUGCAAAGAUCCCUUGAUAGCAUUUAGUGCAAAACAAGCUCUGAGUAAAGUAUUGAAACCUAAAACGAAAAGGAGGAAAGUGUUCAUUCCAAGCCCUCCUCAUUGUGUUUCUCCACCGCCUGUCAAGAACAAUGAAUCUGAUGAAUCAAAAGUCACAACAGCUUCUAUCCAGUUGAGACAAGACGAUGAGGCAAGGUCAAAUCAGCCAAACCAAUAUGAAGUCGAUGUUGUUGAAGCAAUAGGGCUGCUAGAACAGCCUGCUCAUGCACAGGAUAAUCAUAACGUUAAUCCUCUUGAGGCUCUACUAGGAGGCGGCAUGGGUUUUCCACCUUUACUCGAUAUUCCUCCAGACGCUGAUGAUGAGGCCAUGGUAGAAUUAGCUAUAGCAUUAAGUCUCCAGGAACAUGAUAUAGGUGGCGAACAAAAUCAAGCCCUACAAAGCCUUCAAGUUCAACUCGGUAAUGACGUACUUGGUCAUCCGAUUGGCCAAUCAGCGCAAGCGCAGGAAGCUGCCAACUUUAGCGAUACCACAGCCUCUGCGGCUGGUUCCGAUGAUGAGGGAUCUACGGCUGCAACGGACGGUUCAACGUUACGCACUUCUCCAGCAGAACAGGGAGGAAGUGCUGGAUCUGAAAGCGGAGGCAGCGGUGUAGAGAGUAUUACUGGAGAACACAAUGUGUCCGGAAGAUCUUCAGCUUACGGAGAUAACAUGCAGGAAGCAAUAACGCUUGUGUCCAGAUCUGAUACAAGUUCUAUAGCAAAUGCUGCAGGAGGCUCGGCAGAGAGUGAAACUGUUCAACAAGAGGAAGUGGAAGUCGAAACUGAAAACAGCAGCAGACUACACAUUUUAAGAUUGCAAUUGCUUGAAAAGCUCAUAGAAUAUUUGCCUAAACUCAAAAAUGUUGAUGGAGUGAGAUCAAUUCCAUUUCUUCAGGUUGUUCUACAGUUGACCACAGAUUUAGAUGGACAUUGUGAUCGAGAUAGAACCUGCCUUAACUCUUUGUUAUUGACCAUUAUUGCAGAGUUACAGCUCAACAAAGAUCAAGUGGAAGAUGUUUGUAUAAGAACAAAACAGAAAGAGGUUCAGUUAGUUUUGCUGAGAUUACUGAGUGUUUUCAUGCAAAGGUGCAAAACUUCCUCUUCAAUAUCAAGCAAAACUCCUCUAACAGAUAAUUCAAUGUUUGUCUCACGUACAACAGCUACAGCUUUACAUAAAGCAGAUAUUAUCAAUUAUUGUAACAAGCUCUUGCAGUCUCUCUUAACAUAUUGGCGUUCAUCUUCAAAUGACGACAACUCAAAUACUGUUACCGGUAAUCUUCUCAAAGAGCACUUGCCGCACCCUCCUCCAGAUAUGACGCCAUUUUUUCAACGACAAUUUGUCAAAGAUAAUCAUGAUGUUUUUCAUACCUACCCUCAACUAUUGACAGAAAUAGCACUUCGCUUGCCAUACCAGGCACAUCGACAUUCUGAAAUAUCAGAAUCAGUCAGUAAAGCUUUUGACAAGUCAUGGUAUAAUCAUCUUUGUGAUUACAUGAUGACAUCUCAAACACCGUUUGUGAGAAGACAAGUCAGAAAAUUACUGAUGUUCAUUUGCGGAAAUAAGGAAACAUAUCGCCAGCUGAGAGAUUUGCAUGGUUUGAGAAAUCAUAUGAAAGGUGUAAGAGAAUGCUGUGCAAAAGGCGGUUACAAGCCUUCUGAGGAUAUACAACACGCUCUCAGUCUACCAUAUGAUUCACUAGUUGAACUCAUUGAACAUCUUAAAUAUUGUGUGGAAGUUGCUCAAAGUCGUACAGGUAACUGGCAAAGAUUUUGCAUCAAAGAAGAAGACGUUAUACAAUUUCUACUUCGUGUUAGUUUUUUGUUGGAUGAUGGUGUCUCUCCUACAAUUUUGCAACUUUUGCAAAGUGCAUUGGUUGUCAGUCCUUUCAUUGCCAAGAAGUCUGAUUCCACCAAAUCAACCACAAGAAAAGAACGUGAAAAAUCGGAUGACUCUGCAAUAGAAGCUUUGUUUGAAGAAUCAAGCUGCAUAGCAUUAGUAGAACAAAUAAAUAAACAAAUAUCUAAAGAGAUCCUUGCAAGGUUUGUGAAAACGUUUAUGCUAGAAACUAACACUACAGCAGUUCGCUGGCAAGCACAUGCUUUGGUCCAAUCUCUAUAUAAAAAUUCGAAACCUAAAGAUCAAGAAACUAUUUUGGAACUUUUGUGGAAGUUGUGGCCUCUGUUGCCAGCAUAUGGUAGAAAAGCAGCUCAGUUUGUUGAUCUGCUCGGCUACUUUUCACUGAAAUUCACUGAAAAGGCAGAGGGAAUACCUCAGAUUCCUGACUACGUUGAACGUGCUGUAAGCGUUCUGAGAGCCCAAAACCAGUUGUUAGCCCACCACCCAAAUGCCAAUCUGUAUGCUCAUAUGAGUCAAUUUGUAGAUUUGGAUGGAUAUUAUCUUGAAUCAGAACCUUGCUUAGUGUGUAACAAUCCAGAAGUUCCUUUCUCCACAGUAAAAUUGGCCUCUGUCAAGGUUGAUUCGAAAUUCACCACCACUACUCAAAUCGUCAAACUCCUCUCUAGUCAUACUAUCAGCAAAAUUACUAUAAAACUGGCAGAUUUGAAGCGUACUAAGAUGGUGAGAACUGUAAAUAUAUAUUACAAUAAUAGGCCGGUUCAGGCUAUAGUAGAACUGAAAAAUAAACCGGCUCUGUGGCAUAAAGCAAAAAAAGUUGUCCUACAAUCAGGACAGACUGAAGUCAAAAUAGAGUUUCCUCUACCUAUAGUAGCAUGUAAUCUUAUGAUAGAGUAUUCCGAUUUCUAUGAAAAUAUUCAAGCGUCAUCAGAAACACUGCAAUGUCCAAGAUGCAGUACUUCAGUUCCAGCGAAUCCAGGCGUGUGUGCCAACUGUGGCGAAAAUGUUUUCCAAUGUCACAAAUGUCGUGCCAUCAAUUACGAUGAGAAAGACCCAUUCUUAUGCCACUCCUGUGGCUACUGCAAGUAUGCAAAAUUUGAAUUCAGUCUUCUUGCCAAACCUUGCUGUGCUGUUGAACCUAUAGAGAGUGAUGAUGAUCGUAAAAAGACUGUAUCCAGUAUAAAUACUUUAUUGGAAAAGGCAGAUAGAGUUUACAAACAACUCAUUGGUAAUAAACCCACUUUGGAAUCCCUAGUAUUGAAAAUAACAGAGCAUAGAUCUGAUAAGAGACUGGAAGAGACUAUCGCAGCCUCAAAUAACUCUUCCCAACUAAAAGUGAACAAAACCAUACAGAUGUUGGCGCAGCAAUAUUGCAAUGAAUGUAAGUCAUCGUUUGAAGAACUCAGCAAGAUCAUUCAGAAAGUGUUGGUUUCAAGAAAGGAGUUGGUAGCUUAUGAUAGGAAGCAUAGAGAUAUGGAACUUCCUAGAUCAGUGCCUAUUCUUGGUGAUUCUUCAAUUUCACCUUGUGUCCAUAAUCGGUGCUAUGGAUGUUCUACUUCUGCUACAGAACACUGCCUUACUCUCCUCAGAGCUUUAUCUCAUAGCCAGACCACCAGGCAAGUGCUUUGUGAAAAAGGACUUAUUCAGGAGUUAGUGUGGAACAAUUUACGCAAAGGAAGUGUUCAUAAUCAGGAAGAAGUGAGACAAUUGUUGUGUGUCCUCACCAAAGACAAUCCAACGGCCACAGAAGAACUCUGCAAUCUUCUUAUGGAAAGAAUCACUUUGUGUCUCAAUGGGCAUGUUAAUAGUUCGGAUUUGGGAACGAGUGUACAUCAUGAAAUAUCGUUGUUGGCUGCCAUGGUGCAGAAGGAAGAUGACUGUUGGGAAUUGAAAUUGAGGUGUAUGAUGGAACUAUUUUUAAAAGCAUGUGAAAACUCACGUAGUCCUUUGGUUAUGGAAUCUGUAAUUUUGCCGUGUUUGAAAAUAUUGCAAGGUCUAAUGAAACCUCCUGAGAUUGCCAGUAAGAAAAAUAAA